AUGAUGACUCCAGACUUCCAACUUGAAAAACCCCCCAAGCCCCCCCAAGCCCCCCAAAUCCCACAACUCCUCCGAUACGCCCGACUACACGGUCUCGCAAGCGAGACCGAUCCACCCCGAGAACUCCCAGUCGGUGAUAAUUGCAACCUUACCCCCGAACCGGGCUCUCUUCGGGAGCAGCAGUUCAAGGAUAUCGAGAAUCGUUAUGAAGAGCUCUACACGAGGUUCUGCAAAGGCCUCAAUGAGCAGAAACUGGACAUCUCGAUGGCGGCAAAGGAUCUCGUGGCUUCUGUUCUCAAGGAGGAGAGGGUGGAUGGGCGGGUUGAAUGGGAAGACAUUCUUCCCAAAGCUCCUGCUACGGAAAGUCAAAACGAUCUAUUGUUCGUUGCGGAGAAGGAAGAGGAUAAACACACGGCUAAGAAGCAGAAAGUAUCUCGGACCUAG